GGUGCAUGCGCAGUCAAUUAUGUUGAAAGACGCCAUGAAAACAUUCUUUGUCCCUUUCAAAAUUAUUGAGUGUUGAUAUAAAUUUAUAGUGUUUUUUUCAAGUUACAUGGUAAUUAUUGAUGACACAGGUAUAUCUGGGUUUAUAAUGAACAAAAAAUCAUUCUGUGUAGGUCUUAUUUUAGCAUUAUUCGAGUUGGAUAUCGUUAAAAUUUGACUACAGUUACACGGCUAAAAAAGGUUGCUUUUUUUCGUGUGCUUCCCAGAAAAGUCAACGUCUAUGAUGGAUAGUAUUUGAACUUCCUAACAGCAACAAAAAUGGUGCUGGAUUUUGAUGUGAAAACAUUUUGUCAGAACCUUAAAGCUACAAAGCCACCCUAUGAAUGUCCAGUCAGAACAUGUAGGAAAGUUUACAAGAGUUACUCUGGAAUACAAUUUCAUAUGUACAAUCACAACCAUGAUAAUCCUGAUUCUCCUGGCACUGGGGCUGCUGCAAGUCCUUCCUGUGGAGGUCGAAAACCUGGGAAAAGAAAGCAAAAGAAUUGGCAUCCUCGACAAGCUAGAAGAUCACCCACUCCACCUGAUUUUAUUCGUUCUCCUCAGCGUGAAACACUCAGCUAUGCAGAGUCCCAAAGAUUGGUUGAAAUAGAUCUAGAUGGGUGUCUUAGAAGGAUUGACAUUUCUCAACCUAUUGAAAUCAUCUCUCAAGAUGAAAUAGAAAAUCAGGAUAACACUGAGAAAGAGGAAAAUGCUGAAAAAAGUCCUUCUGGUAGGCCAGUGAGAAAUCUGGAAAGCAAAUCAAGAAAAGAAUCUUUAGCUGUGGCUAGCUUGCCACCAGACAUUAAUCCAAAUAAGUUGCCAGAACCACAUGUUAAAAUUCUCACAGAUUAUAUAAAACCUAACAAGACUUCUACUCAUCCUUCUUCAUAUUACAGAUAUAUAGAAAAGUCUUUAGAGGAAUUAGAUGAGGAAAUAGAAUAUGAUAUGGAUGAAGAGGAUCAUUCAUGGCUUGAACUAAUAAAUGACAAACGCACCAGUGAGGGGGUUGCUGGUGUGGCACAAGAUACAUUUGAACUAAUUAUGGACCGUUUUGAAAAAGAAGCAUUUUUUCAGAGCCAGCACACAGGGAAAGAACAAGGUCCUUCAAUGGAUGAUGAUGCCGUGUGUAGCAUCUGCAUGGAUGGAGAAUGUCAGAAUAGCAACAUGAUUUUGUUCUGUGACAUGUGUAAUCUAGCAGUUCAUCAGGAGUGUUAUGGUGUUCCCUAUAUUCCCGAAGGACAGUGGCUUUGCAGGCGGUGUUUACAGUCACCCUCUCGAGCUGUUGACUGUUGUUUAUGCCCUAACAAAGGGGGUGCUUUCAAGCAGACAGAUGAUGGUCGCUGGGCCCAUGUUGUUUGUGCACUAUGGAUUCCUGAGGUAGGAUUUGCUAACACUGUAUUUCUUGAACCUAUUGAUUGCCUGCAGAGAAUACCCCCUGCAAGGAGGAAAUUGACUUGUUACAUUUGCAAGCAAAGAGGAGCAGGGGCAUGUAUUCAGUGUCACAAAACUAAUUGCUACACAGCUUUUCAUGUCACUUGUGCGCAACAGGCAGGACUUUUUAUGAAGAUAGAAGCUGUGAAAGAGCCCGGUCCUAAUGGGAUAUCGAUGGGUGUUAGGAAAACAGCAUUCUGUGAUGUUCAUGCUCAGCCAAGUGCAGAUAACUCUAUGUUUCCUGAUGAUGAAAAAAAAUCGGGCUCUAAAGAAGAUGCUAGGGAGCAAGCAAGAAUUAAAAUGAGGAAGGCAAGGAAAAUUCUGGCUCAGAAACGCCAUGCCGUACCUAAUGUAUCCAUUCCAAUAAUACCAGAGGAAAGAUUAACAAAAAUUGCUUCUAUGAUUAAUGUCCCCAAAAGAGAUGAAUUUAUGAGAGCAUUAAUGAGUUACUGGACAUUAAAACGUCAGUCCAGAUUUGGUGUGCCACUUUUACGUCGACUUCAGUCUAAUCACAUGAGUAGAAAUAGAGAACAUUCAAGAAAUGAUAAACACAAUCAAGAGGUUCGGGAGAAACUCAAAUAUUGGCAACGCUUGAGACAAGAUUUAGAGAAAGCUAGAUUGCUUGUAGAACUUAUUCGUAAACGAGAAAAAUUAAAACGUGAAUUGAUGAAGGUUUACCAGCUUUCAAUGGAAUACAAACUACAGCCUUUCAUCAUGCUGCAAAGACAUACCUUAAAUCUACUGCAAGAAAAGGAUGCAGAGGAUAUAUUUGUGAACCCUGUUUCUGAUGAAGAAGCUCCAGAUUAUAAAGAUAUUAUUAAGCACCCAAUGUGUUUUUCUGUUAUGAGGAAUAAAGUUGAUACUCAUCGCUACAAAACUAUGGAGGCUUUUGAAGCAGACUUUAAACUUAUUAUCCAUAAUUGCUGUAUGUAUAAUGCCAAGGAUACAGUUUUUUACAGAGAAGCCUUACUUCUUAAAGAAGAGGGCAUGGAAAUAAUCAAAGAUGCAAAACUAAUUGCAGAGAAAGUGGGUUAUGAUGUUGAAACUGGACUACAUUCUGCCACACCAAAUUUAGCUUUGAAAGAACCAGUUUCAGAAGAUUUUGAGUCAGUUGUGGAAGAUGUCAAAAAUGGAGGCUCCUAUGAGGAACAGUUGAAAGUUUUGUUAAAUAAAUUGGAAAGGGCUAGUAAAACUCUAAAAGGAGGUAAAAAGGCUAAAAUUGUGAAAAAGAUACGCUGUGAGAUAGCAGCUGUAAGACGUAAAUUAUCAUUAAAUAAAAAAAAGACUAGUAAAGUCAAAAGUAAAGUCACUAAUAAAGUCAAUAAUAAAAUAGUCAAAUUAAAUGAGGAAUCCCAAAAGGAAAAGUCAGACCAUGGUGAAGAAGAGCCCAGGGAACCUGAGCCACAAAACAAAGAAGCUGAAAGUGAUGCAGUCAAGAAAGAAGAAGCUAAUAAAAAGGAGAACACAUCUUCAGAGGUAGAAUGUGAAGGGAAUGGUAGUGUACAGCCUAAAAAUCUCAAGAGAAAGCUAAAAAGAUCCCCAUCAAGGUCUCCACUGAGAACAUCAACUCCAUUAAGCACCGCCUCAAGUCGUGGAGGAAGGGGCAGAGGAAGAGGUCGAGGGGGUAGAAGUAGAACUGGUACCAUUCUUUCAGAGAAUUUACAGAUAUCUGUUCAUCCUGGUGAAAAAAAUAAAACUUCAGAACAGUCGAGUCCAGCAUCUCCAGCAGCAGAGAAAACAGAGUCAAAAGAAACUACUGCUCGUGGCACUAAUGUGCACACACCUUCACCAGCUGGGGUCAAUCGUAGAACUGCUGUUUUAUUUAGUAGUAAGAAAGGGCGAAGCACUCCAGUACCAACUAAACCAUCUUCAACUACCUCAUCCGCAUCUUCCAAUGCAUCUUCAGCAUCCAACACCUCUACACUAAAGAAAGUGUCAGGACGAGGGGCUAAAACUAGGCAGCAUCAGCAGCAGUUACCAGUAAAAGUGACAGACAUUACAACAGAGGCAGAUAAAACUGCAGAGGUACCUCUUAGUCCCAGAAGUACUCGUGGGCCAGGAUUAAAACGAACAUCUAGUGUAGCUGGGCACCCAAUAGAAACAUUAGACACCCAGCCAGCUCCUGUUAAGCGUUCCUGCUCAGCUGUGACGAGUAAUGAAAUCCCUCCACCAACAUCUGUUCAUGUUGGGGGUCCAGAUAUCAAUGAAAGUUUCAAAGCCUACAGGAUUCGGGGAAACAUUCGCAGUAGUUCAGAGUCAGAAACUACUGAUGAGCUGAGUAGUGGAGACGAAUCUUUAUCAGAGCCAACGUCUGAGACGUCCAGCAAUAACAGCCCAUCUGGCCGUGCCCGCACCACAAGCCUGAGAGAGGGGCCUGAGGGUUCUGAUCUGGCCGAGAGUAUCUCACCUGCUACAUCACCCCUGUCCUCAGGCCGUAAUCGCCGCAGCCCCAGCAUCGAUUCUGAAGAUUUGAUCACUUUAGAACCAUUGGACCUGGUCUGGGCCAAAUGUCGAGGCUAUCCAUGGUACCCUGCACUGAUCAUCAAUCCUAAAAUGCCUAAGACUGGUUAUUUCCAUAAUGGUGUUCCGAUUCCUGUCCCACCUGAUGAAGUGCUGGAACUUCAGCACAGGUACUCUGAGUCAGUCUACCUGGUCUUAUUCUUUGACACUAAGAGAACUUGGCAGUGGCUCCCACGCAGUAAGCUAGAGCCUCUUGGUGUUAACUCAGACCUGGACAAGGCCAAACUGAUGGAAAACAAGAAGCCUAAUGUUCGCAAUGCAGUGAAGAAAGCCUACGAAAAAGCCAUUGUACACAGGUGUAGGGUUCGGGGUGAUCCCAACCCUCUGUCAGACGACUCUAGCUCAGAUAAUAAUGGCUUAUAGUUGCAUCUGUUUCUUAAUAAUCACAUGCUUUUGACACUGGCAUAUAUAAAUUUAUAUUUGUAUACAAUUGUUUUAAUUUUAAUAUAUACUUUCAUUUUUUUUUUUGCAAGCAAAAAAAAAAUGUUUACAUUACAUUUAUAUUUGUUCUGUGAUCAUUGCUCACAGUGUGGACCAUUUGUUAGUGUGCUUGUUAGAUCUAUCUAUAUAUAUUUGAUAUGUCAUUUCUAUUUAUGUCAAUGUAUGUAGGUGUGUUUCAUUGAACAGUUGAUUUGGCUCUGAACACUAUACUUGAUUUCACUUAAAGAGAGCUUUUUGUUUUCUAACUGGAUUUAGCACAUUGUAUGGUUGUGUAAGUCUGAUGGAUGAGACUUGGAAACGUGAUAAGGUCAUUUAUUUUGUGGGUCAGUGGCUUCAUUUUUGUGCCAGCAACAUGUAACAUUGAUACUUAUAUGUUAAAGGAUUUUCUUCUGGGUUUGGAGCAAGGUAUACAUGUAGACAGACAUUUGUUUCAUUGGUUAGGCAUGUAGACAGACAUUUGUUUCAUUGGUUAGAUAUAAAAGACAUUGGAUGAUUUGAGAAUGUGUACAGAAAGCCUACCAUGUGAGCAGGUUGACUACAAACUUAUUUGAAUGACAGUCAUCAUUUGUAUUUUAGUUGUCCAGAGUUGACAGAAUGAUCAGAAUUGAGUGUUGCAAUAGAGAAGUCAUGCUUCAUGUGCCAUAAUGUCAUUCAAUCAUUUGGGUUUCUUCCAAGGCAUUUCUGGACAAGGUAAAGAGACCAAAUCAUCUGUGGUUUGGUUUAUUCUAGUUUUGAAAAGACCAAGGAAUGUUCCUCUCUGCAACAGAGUAGUUCCAGGUCUAGAGAAAGAUGGUCCAAGGGUGUGUUUUCUCAUUUAGCAUAAUUAGGUUUUGGUUUGAGGAGGAGAAAAGGAUAACUCUUUCAUGACAUUGUCUGUGUGUGAACAUCAUUCUGUUCUCUGAGCAUAGUGGUUCAGUGCCUGGAAAUGUUUGUAAUAUCAACACACUUGGUUAUUCAUACAAACAAUAUUUGGAUUGUCUUCUGGGUUUAGGGGAUCCUUUUUUUUUUACCUGAUUACUUUGAUACUACAUUUUUACUAGUUUUGUGUCUUGUAUACUUUCCCAACUAAUAGAGAGCUGAGUGAAAUUCAGAGGCACCCUAUAGAUCCCAAAAUUAAAUAUCCCAGUCUUUACCAGAAUUUAGACCCGGGACCCCCAGGUUAAAAAAUCCAAGUGCUUUACCACUCAGCCACCAUCUUAAAACUUGUCUUAAAAUAGAGCUUUAAAUAAAUAGUUGGACAGUCAUUAUUAUUUCAAAGGUGUGUCUAAUUUUGACCCAAUCCUGGCAGACACCAAUAAAAGAGAAAUAGUUCUCCAUUGAAAAUACUAGGUCUCAACCUAAAUGUGAAGCUGCAUAUUAUCAAUCUGUUGUUUUGUCUUGUGACAAGGAAAUAAAUCAUUUACAUUUGACUUUUUAAUAUUCAUACACAUUCUUUUUGAAACAUUUUUCACUUUUUUUUUAAAAUAAAUUUUAACAUGAUUUGUAAGUUUUACAGAAAUAAAUAAAAAUAAAAAAAUGAAAACAUGGGCAAUGAUGUCAAUGCUUAUUUGAAUGAUGCUUAAUGUUUUUCUGUUCUCAUAUCUGGUACAUUCUGGCUUCUAUGUAUAGAUCUCCAAAUUGGAAUAUUUAUGGUAAACACAUUUCAGUAAAAAUUUAAAUACAGAUACUAAGACAUUUAGGAAAAUGUGUAAAUCAGAUGUAAAUAUUGGUAUAAAUAGCAAGUUUGACUGUUUGGUUCAGCAUCUCAUCAUUAAUUUUGUAGUGAGCAAAGAGUUCAGGUGUAAACGACUUCAGGGAAAGAUGAUGUAAACUCCCUUACAAAUGUAGACAGCCUAGAAUGAACAGUGCAGCUCACUAGUGGUGAAACUUGAUCUAUUUUCUGUUAGAAGGAAACUGAUUGUACUAUAAUGUAAUAAAUAUUUUUUAUUUCA